CUGUCUUCCGUAACGCAUGCGCAUUACGGUUCUAUCUGUCAGUCUGCUGUAAGUAGAAAGAUGGAUACAGAUGAGGCUCAAGCUCAGCGGCCUGUCACUUUGGACAUCCCAGUGGAAGAUGUCAACAAGGAAUCUUCAGUUCCAGACCCUAUUAAUGAAACCACUAGCAAGACCCCUUCCAAAGACAACGUGCUACCCCAACAAGACAGCAUUGACCUAGGCGGGGAGUUUGUCACUCCUCUGGAGGAGAGCAGCACCACACCCUCAGAGAGCCUGAUGGACAGACUGAAUGACCAGAUGAUGGAGAGCGUCAUGAUUUCUGAUUCUCCUAAUAACAGUGAGGAGGAUGAUGUGGUACCUAUAGACUCCUUUUUGGAUGGAGGUGAGGAGGAGAAUACAGCCUCGGGAAGCAAACAAGAGGAAGGUGAAAUUGGACAAAAUACAACUGAGAUUAUAGUUGCGAUAGAUGAACAAGAGAAAGAAUGUUUGCAGGAGGCCACAAAGGAGGAAUCUGACACACAAGAGAAGGAUGCAACUUGUGUUUCACCCCAAAGUGACACUCAGAGUCCACCUGUUCAGAGUCCAUUUAUUGAUAAGAGUGAAGAACCAGAACCUGAGUCAACCAAAGGGACUAGCCCAAAAGCCGAGCCGGUACCAGUGUGUACCAUAUUCAGUCAGGGCACCCAGCCAAAGUCACUGAUGCCUGAUGGCUUCCAGCCCACUCUCAUUAAGUCUCCAAGCUUUAGCAUGGGGAGUGGUGGGGGAAGUGAUGAGGCAGUGACCCCCAACAAGCUGACUGCCCCACUAGUGUGCCAGCCCAGCCCUAGCCUCAGUAAGUUCUUCACUGACAAUGGACAGACCAAUCCAGCCUCUGACUUCUUUGAUUCGUUUACUGUCCAAUCCUCCUUCAUCUCUGUUUCCAACCCAAAUGCAGAGGUUGCCCCUGGUGUGGGCCCUGCUCCUAUAGCUUUUACUCCUGAGCGCCAGCUCUCUUCCACCUCCUCCUCCAUCUCUACCCCAGGAGGGCCCUUGGAUUCUGGUGCUCCCACUCCUAGCUCAGUGUUUGGCCCUGCUCCUGCUGAUACAACCACCAAAUCCCACCCUUCUUCACCGCAGACAGUAUCAGCUGCCAAUCAAGCCUCAGUUUCAACCUCAGCCUCACAAGCGCAGCCCUUUAACCAGCUUCAGGCUGUGUUUUCGGGGAGCGAUGACCCGUUUGCUACAGCACUGUGCUUGAGUGAGGUGGACAGGCGCCAUGAUGCCUGGCUGCCAUGUGAGGAGACAAGGAAGGUGCUAAUCUCUAUGGCUACGCAGCAGUACAGCCCAGCCUACAUAGAGACCAACAGACUCACAAUGCCUGGACUCAAGUUUGACAACCUGCAGGUGGAUGCGGUUAAAGACCUAAUGCUUCGUUUCCUGGGAGAACAGGCGGCCACAAAGCGCCAGGUCCUCACUGCCAACUCUGUGGACCAGUCCUUCGUUGGCCUCAAACAACUCAUCAGCAGCAAGAACUGGCGGGCUGCAGUGGAUCUGACAGGCCGCCUGCUGACAGCUCACGGUCAGGGAUACGGCAAGGCCGGCCAGCCAAGCGCCCACACCGCUGACUCGCUGCAGCUCUGGUUUGUGCGGCUGGCUCUUCUCACCAAGUUGAACCUUUUCCAAAAUGCCGAGUUGGAGUUUGAACCCUUUGGCAACCUGGACCAUCCUGAUCUCUACUAUGAGUUUUACCCUACUGUUUACCCUGGGAGGAGAGGCUCGAUGGUCCCAUUCUCCAUGCGGCUGCUGCAUGCUGAGUUUCCCCAGUACCUGGCCAAACCCCAGGAGGCACUGGACCGCCUGCACAGCCUCAGAACCGUCUGCCUUGCUAUUCUGGAGAACCUGGAUGGAGGCUUGGCUGAGGAUGGCAGCAUGAUCACCCUAACACAGGAGAACAGGGAAGCAUCCCUAAAGCUGUGGAGGUCUCGUCUCAGUCGGGUCAUGUACUCCAUGGCCAACUGCCUGCUGCUGAUGAAGGACUACGUUCUGGCCGUGGAGACGUAUCACUCCAUCAUCCAGUACGAACCCCAGCAGAGAGUGCAGCUGCUCAGUGGAAUCGGACGCAUCUUCUUGCAGAUUGGUGACGUGAAAACCGCAGAGAGAUACUUCCAAGAUGUGGAGAAAGCCUGCCAGAUGAAAGGGGGCCACCUCAGUCACACCACAUGCAUGCUAAUGAACAGGGCCUUCGUCUACCUCAGUCAGAACAACUACGCUGAAGCACACGCAUCCUUCACUGAGGUGCUAAAAAUUGACCCAAAAAACCCCGUUGCCAACAACAACGCAGCGGUUUGUCUGCUCUACCUGGGACGACUGAAGGAGUCCCUGGGCCAACUGGAGGGCCUGGUGCAGCAGGACCCCGCCCUGUACCUCCACGAGAGCGUCCUCUUCAACUUGACCACGAUGUACGAGCUGGAGUCGUCGCGCAGCACGCAGAAGAAGCAGACGCUGCUGGAGGCCGUGGCCUGCCGGGAGGGCGACAGCUUCAACACCCAGUGCCUCAAACUGGUCUAAGAGGCAGGACGGUAACUGGGAAGGACGAAGACGCGCUGCGGCGCUCCCGUCCCGCGAGCCGGGACUAAGACCCCGUCAGGAGAGAGGAAGCAGACGCUGCUCCUGUGAAACCAAACAGCGAAUGCUUCCUGCUCAGCUUAGUAAGUUUAAAAAGGAAGUUUGAGAGGUGGACACGUGAAAUUCCUCUUAUUAUCCACCGGAUAAAAACACGGACGUCCUGGAUGAGUUGAUGUUCAUCAUAUUUAACAUGGUAAAAAAAAAGAGAGUUUUUUUACAUAUGCUAAGUAUGAAACAGCAGCUCAGCAUGAAUCCUGGAAAAUGAGGGAAACUACUUUCCUGGUUGUGUCUAAAACUAAAUCUAAAUCUUAGUGAAAUCCAUGUAAUCUCUAUAGUAGAACCUGUUGACCUGAGUCGCUUUAGGUCACCUGAUCAGCUGAGGCCACGGCCUGCUUCACUAGACUCUUUCAGAUCGCAUCGGCUGCUUGUUGAGCCACUUUUCUAGUGGAACUGACUUCUGAGCUUUUCUGUCUUUCUGCACCGUUUUCUCCUCCACGUUCAGCUUUUCUGCAGCCAGACCGUCUCAGACCUGAUCCCGUCAUAGAAAGUCAAGUUCUGAUCAACGUCAGGUUGUUUCUUUAUUAUUGCUCCUCUAAUCUGUACAGUUUGGAGGGUGGAUACUCGGAUACUUCUGCUUCCUUCUGUUGUGAUGUUGCAUUAAUCACAGGUGAGUCACAUGCUGCUGUUUAAUGAUUAAAUAUAAGGGACAAGAUUUUCCUCCUCUUUCCAUUUGCUGGUGGAGUUUUGUUAGUUGAAGCUUCUCCUUGCAGGUGGAGUAAUGUGGAGAACUCCUACCCUUGUUUUCAGUAUUUCUGCUGAGUUUUAGCUUCAUAUUUAGCUUGCAGACAUGUAGCUCAUCAGGCAGCAUAAACUCUCCAAGAAUUCCAGUAAUACCUUUUUCCACAAUCUCUCAAACUUGUUGGAUUUUAUCAGAGAAAUUCCAGUCGACAGUACCACAGCGCAGCCCUCAGAUUCCUCUUUUCUAGUUGGAAAAGCAGAAAGGUUGCACUACAGGAGCUGCUGCCUCAUCGUGUGGGACCAGGCGUGGGCAUUAUCCUGAGCUUCAGUGUCGUUACAUAAACCUGGAAUACUGGAUUAAAAGAAACCACUUGAUCUAUCACUCCUGAGCCUUCAGAUUGCAUUUGUUUGUCCACUAAAAAUGGAAAAUAUUAGCCAUCCAAAGCUGUAUCACAGGCACAUUUCUGGUUGAUUUUGUGUGCACGGUUGUCAUUUAUUGAUGAUUUUUUUCAGAUCAUAUUUAUGUAUAUUAAAAUAUUUUAUCCUGAAUAAAUCUGUUCUUUUAAAA